AUGUGUAAAAUUUUUACAUUUUCUGAUUUUCUGUUACAUUCUAAAUUAUUAAAUGAUGUAAAUAACGAUGAGAAAAAAUUACCUAAACAAUUUUUGUCAUAUAAUUUUGAAAAGAUUUUUUUUAAUGUUUUAAUUAUAAAAAAGGCUAUAUUUUUCAAAACUUUAAGUACACAAUUUUAUUAUUCUUGUAAUAAUCAUCUCAUUAUGAUUAAGGGAAAUUGUCAGUGCAUUUCUGAAGAAACAUACCAAGAUUGCAUUGAGAUUUGGAAAUUAUAUAUGAAGGCAAAAGAUCUUGACUUUUUUAAAUACAAAAUUAUUUUUCAUAAAUUUAAAAAUGAAAAUCUACUAAAUCAUUUACUAUAUAAAAUUUGUGAAAGUCCGGGUUCCGCUUCAUAUCUUAUAUUAAUGCAAAUAUUGGGCCAUUAUAAUAUUUUAAACGUGAAUGAAAUUAAUUUUCUUACACGAAGUAUAAAUGAUGAUAAACGAUUCCGAAUAAUUAUUUUUCUGCAAUAUUUUUUUACUAAAGAGAAACUUUCUAAGAUUUAUUUUAUGAUGACGGCGGAGAGUGAAGAAGUUAAUAAUUUGUUAUACACUCUUAUUUAUAAAGAAGCUGAGGAGUAUUUUAGUAAUUAUGAAAAGGAUGAUAUUUUUAAUAUUGAAUUUUUUAACGAUCUACAAAAAUUUUCGAAUUUAUGUUUAGGCCAUAAUAAUAUAACGUUAUUUGAGUUUUAUAGCAUCUUACUUGAAAAUUCACGAUUUAUAAUUUCGUCGGGGGAAGAAACAUUGACACAAUUAUUUGAAAGUAUAGCAUUACUAACUAAUGUAAACGUUUGGUACGACAUAGGAAAAAGAAGCGUUGAUUUUUACAAAGAAAAUGCAAAUGAAAUGUUUCAAAAAUUAGAAAUUUAUGAUUUUGACAAUUUUGAAAGGUACGUUGAAAGUUUAAAUAAUUUUUUUUAG